AUGAAAAGUUUAGCGCAAGCUCAGAAUAGCGAAAAGUCUCUGAUCAGGUUACGCCGGUUGUAUGUACAAUCUCAGCCAGACAGAGAGGUGACUAUGCGCGAUAUCACCGAUGAAAUCGAAACGCUGUAUAUAUCGGAUGUGCCAAAUGUCGAUGAAGAAGAUCUGUUGGAGCUCAUUGAGGAAGAAGACGACGAAGAAGAAGAAAGAUUAGAGGAAGAGGAGGGGAUAGACAUCCGUCAAACCGAAGAACAACAAAUAACAUUCGUUGAUCAUCAGGACCUGAUCUGUCGUCGUUUGAGCGCUAUCAAGGCGGUGGUCAAGAAGUUGAUUACGGAAUCAAGCACUGAUGAAACCGGUACAGAAUCGCGUAUUCAAAAGCACACACCAAGAAAUAUCUCAUGGAUAACUGAGGAAUACCGAGUAAUUACAUUGAUUUCUGACCAAUUUGCCCCUUAUUUUCCAAAGUACGGGAAAUUGCAGAAGCACCCGGCCCUCCUGUUACCAUUCAUGACACUGUGUAAUGCGAUCUUUCGUCUGGCGGGUUACGGCAAACUUACAAGAUCAGUUCAUCCUGUGGUCUCGCCAUCCGCCGAACAAACGCUCCACCUAGACGAAACAAGUAUCUACGAGCUUUUCGGUUCAUCUUUUGGCAUGUAUCAAUUCGUUUCAUGAAACAACAAUCCCAUCACAUCCUUGGUCGAAGCGCGGAAAAAUCCUGUCGGCAUUAUUGCAGCGAUAUUUGAUCUGGGAAAAGCCAAGGACAUCUG